AUGGAACGUGGAGGCUUCCAUGGCUACCGCAAGUUCUCCCUCAACACCACCAAUCCUUCUGAACCAGGUACGAAGUUUUUGAUGGCGGAGGGGAGCAUGCAGCUAUCAGAGCCCAACCAGACUAACAAAACCGCUAAUGGAGGUGAAGAGGAGUGCACGGUGAGGGAGCAAGACAGGUUCAUGCCUAUUGCCAACGUGAUACGGAUCAUGCGGAGGAUCUUACCUGCUCACGCCAAGAUCUCUGACGACUCCAAGGAGACGAUCCAAGAGUGUGUCUCGGAGUACAUCAGCUUCAUAACAGGAGAGGCCAAUGAGCGAUGCCAGAGGGAGCAGCGCAAGACCAUCACUGCCGAGGAUGUCUUGUGGGCCAUGAGCAAGCUAGGUUUUGAUGAUUACAUAGAACCCCUCACGUUGUACCUCCACCGCUACAGAGAGUUGGAGGGUGACAGAGGAGUUGGGUACAAUACUGGUUCCGUUGGUAUGACCAGUGGCAUGGUGGUCAAGAGGCCUAAUGGUGCCAUGGCCGAGUAUGGAGCCUACGGUGUUGUGCCAGGGAUGCACAUGGCGCCGUACCAUUAUCGUCAUCAGAAUGGGUAUGGUUACAGUGGUAAUGAACCUGAUUCCAAAAUGGGUGGUCCAUCAUCAGCAGCUAAUGGUUCCAGAGUUGAACUGUUUCCAACUCAGCAACAUAAGUACUGAGAACAAUGGCUAAUGAAAGUUGACAGCUGUUUUGGUAUCUAACCCCUUAAAUG